AUGCCUAUCAAACUUCCACGAUUCCGUCGCAAGUCCGUUGGUAAUUCUCUAGACGCUACCUACCAAGCUGCCGAACCCGAAUCUCCAGGUGCUCCUCGUGGUAAUAGUCAAUUCAGUUUCGACGAGAUUGAAAGACCGGCACCUCAGAACCGAUCACACUUCCCCCAAUAUCCCCAGCCGCAAUACCAACAGGGAUAUUCUACACAUCUCAAGUACGGAGACUCGACUGGCUCCUCCUCCGCCAGCAGGAGUAACAGCAACAGUGGUGGGAGCAGCGGGACCGGGUAUUAUGCCUCGGAUAGGCAGUCGUCGAGCUCAACUUUGCCCUCGUCUGCCGAUAUCCCGAGAACUCCUCCCUCUACAGAGGACCACUACCGCACCGGUUACGCCGUCUCCGAUAGUAUGAGCUUGAAAGACCCUAUGGCUUACGGAACAGCUGCGCCUGUUUCUAGGGGAGGAUGGCAGAACUCGAAAGCUGGUCCCAUGUCGAAGGGACCUUCUUCGGGACCUUUCAAACUAGCAGAGCCUCCAAGGUUGGAAACAGCACUGGAUUCGGAGCCGUUAUUUGGAGAUGAUAUGUUCAAGUUUACCUCGGACGGAAAGCGAAUGUCGGCAAUAGGAUUGUUAGAUGCAGUGGGACCCAAGGCUGCCACUAGCCUUUUCAUUCCAUCUAAGGACGCGCCAAUUGACCCUGUACCACCGGUUCCACCACCAAAGUCAGUGAACUCGGGUACCCCACAAGGUAAGAAGUUUCUCGACUCGAGAAUUCACGGUGAUGACGAAGACAUCUACCCGUCGGCUGUCAGUUCUCGCUAUCAGGCACAAGUAGCCCCUUCUUUGCCAAGUCCCAAAAUUGGGGAUACAAGACUAUCACCAGGAGCUAAGAAAGGCCUGUACCCCUGGGAAUCUCGGCAAGAUACAGAAGAAGAUUCUUUAAUGUCUGGAGAGAAGUCGCCAUCGCCCGGGCCUCCAGCGCCGCCACCAAAGCAGGAGAACUACCAACCGCGUCAUAACAGAACCUUGACGCCAGCUUCUACACUCCCAUUGAAGGUCGAGUCAAUGGAUUCGCUGGCUACGCCUCCACAAACUGGAAGGGCGCCGAGAAAUGAGGUCAAGGAAGGCGUAAGGAGGGCAAUUGGAAUGGGGAAGAGGCCAACUACUACAAGCUCGAAUGGAAGCCAGGAAGAAGCCAGAACUUCUCCAGCCUCCACAGUAAGGAGAAAAGAAUUACCAUCUUCUAGGGGUUCGGAUACGACCGCAAAGGAGGAAAAGAUCAACAUACCACCACCCCCUCCCAUCCCAACCACGACCGUUACUCUUUCCUCACCUCCCAGGCUCCCACGUGUCAAAACCGCGCCUGUCUCGUUACCCCAAGACAAUCUUUUCAGCGAUUCGGGAUCUCAAAGAUCCACGUCGAAAUCCCGACCUCAGCCUGCCAGAGCAGAAUCCGACGACUUCUUGACAGCUAAUCUGAUGCGAGAUGCCGCUAUUGCAUCUUCUUUUGAGGCCGGAGAGUCUGAUCGUCUAAAACAACCGCGAAAGGUUUUCACAAAGGCUCAGUUUGAGAGGUAUAAGGCCCAGCAAGAGGAGGAGAGGCAAUACCAGGCACGCAAUGGAAAGAAGGACGAUGAUGAUUCGGAAAGUGAUUUGUCCGAAGAUGACGACGAAAUGGAACGGCAGCGAAACCAAGCCAAGCAACGUGCGAAGCAGGAUGCCCAUUUGUCUGUGUAUCGUCAGCAGAUGAUGAAAAUCACCGGAUCCCACGGUACCGAUACUACGAACCUGCAGACCAACAACCUUGGAAUGAUGAACAAGGCAGCCUCAAAUAGUACUCCUAUGCUAUCCCUUUCGGCUCCUAUGCCUCACUUGAGCAUCUCCUCCCCAAGUUCCGCUGGUGAUAAGUCUGAUGGCGAGGAUGAGGAAGUCCCAUUGGGAAUUCUCAUGGCUCAUGGCUUCCCCAGCAAGACAACGGGUCGCCCCCCAACUCGCCUCUCCAACUCCAACUCCUCCCCGAACCUUCGCUCGGUUUCUGGAACUACCCAGUUCAACGAUAACUCUUCUACAACUAACCUCCCCCCGUUCGCCAGGCAUCUACCAGCCGAUCCAUACUUUGGUGCUGGUUUGGUUAAUUCGGCGAAUAGGGUUUCAAUGGCUCCAUCAUCUUUGUAUGGCGGUAGCCAGCGAGAGUCUCAGUUUAUGCCUCCUCCACAACAACCUCGGCCAGGGCGCUACCCAACCGGCUUGAUCGGGAACAUUGUGCGCGAUGAGGAACUUAGAGCCGCUCGUCGGGGUGGAGCUCAAGCUCAGCAAGCUCCAUUUUAUAACGAGGCGAUGAUGUCUUCUGCGCCAAUCUCAUCGCCGCAGCCAUCCCCAGGUGGGGAUGUUCAAUUGCAAAUGGCGAGCCAGAUGACCCAGAUGAUGCAGCUCCAGAUGCAGUGGAUGCAAAUGCAGCAGCAGCAGCAGCAAAUGAUGAUGGGGAUGCCUGGUUCGAUGCCAAUGAUGCCGCCGGCGUCACCAAUGGGUGGGAUGGGUAUGAUGGGAGGUAAUGGUCUCAUGCCAAAUAUGAUGAUGCCGGGACAGAGGGCGAUGAGUAUGGUAGACACCGGCUCCCUGCCACAUUUCCAGCCUGGACCCGGUUUGAUGCCCCAGCAGCAACCACCUCAAACACCGGGUUCGAAUUUGAGCCCAGGAUACGCUGGGUCAGUUUACGGUCAUACUCGAUCUAGCACGCUGCCAACUUUCAUGCAACCAGGGUAUACACCAUCGAUCGCACCGAGUGAGCGGAGUAACAUUGGGCAGCCGUCCAGAUAUCGACCCGUGACUUACCAAACCGGGUCUGGAAACAGCAGUGGAGGUGGUGAUAGGACCAGAACCCUGCUCUCCGCGGCACCGCCGUCCGGCUUGAAAACCGCUCUUGCGCCUAAGGACGAUAGCGAUGACGAAGACGGGUGGGCAGAAAUGGCCAACAAGAAGAAGGAGAAGAAGGAGACAUGGAGGAAGAAGAAGGAGACUGGCAUCCGAAGUGUGCUGAAGCUUGGUGGCAACUAA